UUGGAAAAGUCAACUGCUGGGGGUUGACCCAGCCUUCCUUUUAAUCAGAGCGGUGCCAGUUUUUGCAGGUCUUCACUUGCAAAAUAUAGAAAUGGCUAAAAGGAAAGCUCAAGAAGCUUUGUCUCCAUCUUCGUCUUCUUCUUCUUCAAAAUCAAGACAUUGGAUGUAUGACGUGUUCCUGAGCUUCAGAGGCAAAGACACACGCAACAGCUUCACGGGCCACCUCUACGCGGCACUGAAACAGGCCGGAGUCAACGCCUUCAUUGACGACAACGAACUCAGAAGAGGGGAAGACAUAGCAGCCGAACUGGUGCGGGCAAUCCAAGGGUCGAGAAUCGCUGUGAUCGUCUUCUCGAAGAGGUAUGGGGAUUCGGGUUGGUGUCUGGAGGAGUUGGUGAAGAUUAUGGAGUGCAGAAGAACACUGAGGCAGAUGGUUUUCCCUAUUUUCUUUGACGUUGAUCCUUCCAGUGUGAGAAGACAAACUGGUAGUUUCGCAGAGGCGUUUCAGAAACAUGAAGAGCGUUAUAUGGAAAAGGCACUCAAGUGGAGAGCUGCUCUUACUGAAGCCGCAAAUUUGUCUGGCUGGGAUCUGAGUAACACUGCAGAUGGGCAUGAAGCAAAGUUUAUCACCAAAAUUGUUGCGGAGAUUACUAGACACUUGAACAACACACACCUAUUUGAAGCUGUCUACCCGGUUGGAAUCGAUUCUCGGGUAAAAGAUAUGAGUAAGCAUUUAGGUGCUGGACUAGAUGAUGUUCGUAUGGUUGGAAUUUGGGGGAUGGGUGGAAUAGGGAAAACAACUAUUGCCAAAGCCGUAUAUAACAAAUUUUGUGAUAGCUUUGAAGGUAGUAGUUUCCUGGCAAACGUUAGGGAAACUACAAAACAACCAAAUGGUCUUGUUCGUUUGCAAGAACAGCUUCUUUGUGAUAUCUUGAAAACAACCAAGAUAAAGGUUGGUAGUGUUGAUAGAGGGAUCAAUCUGAUAAAAGAUAGACUUCGAUGUAGAAGGGUACUUGUUAUAAUUGAUGAUAUAGAUCAACUGGACCAGCAAUAUGCAAUAGCUGGAAACAGUGACUGGUUUGGUUUAGGAAGUAGACUUGUUAUCACAACCCGAGAUGAACGUUUGCUAAAUCAACUUGGAGUGGAUUCAAUAUAUCCGGCUCCAGAAAUGAAUGAAACAGAGGCUCUUGAACUCUUUAGCUGGCAUGCCUUCAGAAAUAGUCAUCCUGAUAAAGAAUAUUCUGAACUUUCAAGUAGUAUAGUUGCUUGCUAUGGAGGCUUGCCACUAGCUCUUGAAGUUUUAGGAUCUUUUCUGUUUGGAAGAAGCAUGGCCCAGUGGAAAAGUGCAUUGGAGAAAUGGAAGACAAUUCCUCAUGGCCAAAUUCAGGAAAAGCUCAGAGUAAGCUUUGACGGCCUAAACGAUGAGACAGAGAAGAAUAUAUUUCUUGAUAUAUCUUGUUUCUUUAUAGGAAUGGACAAGAACUAUGUCAAACAAAUAUUGGAUGGUUGUGGUUUUUUUGCAGAAAUAGGAAUCAGCGUCCUCCUUGAGCGACGCCUUGUAACUGUAUGUGAAAAGAACAAGCUGAUGAUGCAUGAUUUGCUUCGAGACAUGGGCAGAGAAAUUGUUCGUGCAAAAUCCCCUGGUGACCCUGGAAAGUGUAGUAGAUUGUGGCAUCCUAAAGAUGUUACAGAUGUAUUGACAGAACAUUCUGGAACUGAAGAAAUUCAAGGGCUCACUCUAAGUUUGCUAGGAUCCGAUAAGACUAGUUUCAGUACACAAGCAUUUGCAAAUAUGAAGAGAUUAAGAUUGCUCCAACUCAAAUUCGUGCAGCUCAGUGGAGGCUUUGAGCAUCUUUCUAACAAGUUAAGGUGGCUGUGCUGGCAUGGGUUCCCUCAUAAGUUCCUACCGAACAACUUUAAUCUAAAUGUAGUUGCUAUUGACCUGAAAUAUAGCAAACUUGUACAAGUUUGGGUGAAAUCUCGGAUGCUUAAGAAGCUGAAGAUUCUAAAUCUCAGUCAUUCCCAUUACCUGAGACAAUCACCAGACUUUUCAAAACUUCCGAACCUCGAGAAGUUGAUACUCAAAGGCUGUAAGAGUUUGUCUGAGGUUCACCAGUCCAUUGGAGAUCUUGAAGGACUUGCUUUGGUAAAUCUUCAAGACUGUAAGAUGCUCAGGGAGCUCCCAGUAACUUUCUCCAAGUUGAAAGCUAUUGAAACUCUUAUUCUUUCUGGCUGUGCAAAAUUUGAAAAGUUGACUAAGGACUUAGGUGAGAUGGUAUCCUUGAGAACUCUGCUAGCAGAUGACACAGCCAUAAGAGAAAUACCAUCUUCCAUAACACAGUUGAAAAACCUUGAAUAUUUAUAUCUAUGUGGCCUGAAACAGCCACCAUCUAAAUGGUUUGUGACUAGCUUCUGGUCUCAUCUGUUGCCAAGAAGAUGUGUAAAAUUUCCUCCAUCCUUAUCAGGUUUAUAUGCUUUAAAAGAAUUGUAUGUUAGAGACUGCAAUUUAACUGACAGUUCAAUUCCUAAGGAUAUUGGGAGUCUAUCUUCUUUGGAAGAAUUGGAUCUUGGAGGAAACUGUUUUGGUAGCCUUCCAUGUCUCGGUGGUCUUUGCAAGCUUCAAGAUCUCACAUUGGAUAGUUGCAAUUUAACUGAAGCAGCAAUUGAAGCUACGAAUCUUUGGAGUCUACCAUCUCUAGAUUAUUUGGAUCUAAGUUGCAAUAGUUUUCGUAGCCUUCCCAGCCUCAGAGGACUUUCCGAGCUAUUCACUCUAAUUUUGGAUAAUUGCACAAGUCUCUAUGCAAUCCCAGAAUUACCAAUAAAUUUGGCCGUGCUGAAAGCAGAUGGUUGCACUGCACUGGAAAGAAUGCCAGAUUUUUCAGAAAUGUCGAGCUUGUGUCGGUUGAAUCUCAGAGAUUCUUCCAAGCUAAUUGAGAUUCCCGGCUUGGAUAAGCCAUCCAAGUCCAUGCUACAGAUUCGAAUGGAAGGGUGCACAAAUAUCAGUGAAACUGUUAGGGAGAGCAUACUACUACAGGGGUGGAGUUAUGCUAGCAACUUUGGUGGCAUUUAUCUCCCAGGAAAUGACAUUCCUGAGUGGUUCACAUAUGUCGAUGAUGGUGGCCGUGUCUCUUUUCAAGUGCCUCAAAAUGUUGGCUGUGACCUAAAAGCAUUGACCGUGUGCAUCGUUUAUUCUUGUUUUCAAAACAGUCAAUCUAUGAAUUAUAUUUCCGUAGUUGUUGUAAAUCAUACCAAGCUCACUAGUUUUUUCGUCCAACCAUCGAUACCCUUGGACAUUAUUUCCAGUGGAGUUAUUUGGCAGGGACGUUUGUCAAACAAAAUGUUUAAUUUGGAAGGUGGAGACUUCGUAGAGGUUUGUGUAGCAAUUGGUUCUUGCUUCCAAGUGAAGAAAAUAGGGGUCAAUCUUGUAUUGGACGGAUUUAUCACAAUUGUGGCGCAUGAGUGUGAAUCUCUCCCAUAUGCUUAUUUUCGUCGUGACAAAAAUGAUGAGAUUUUCUCAUCCAAAAGAGGUCUUGCUGAUAAUGUGGCAGGACCAAGCCAUUAUUAGUGCCUUAAAGCUCAAAUUCAAAAGCUGCAAGGAAACUGACGCAGACAUCUGAUGAUGAGGCAACAGCUAUUAGCAAAAAACAAAAGACAAAAAGAAAAAGAGACUUGCAGGUAAAUGGCAGGCAGAAAAUUUUCUUUCUCAACCAGGAGAAGGCCUGAAGGUGGUUGUGCUUACCUUACCAGCAUAUGCUAUGGCUUUACUUUGGCCUCCCAAUGGCAUAUACUAGGAUUCGAAUAAUUUCUUCAGUUUGGUGGGCUGAUGCAAUGGGAAACAAAGAAUGCAUUGAGGUGCUUGGCUUGCCUUAACAAACCAUAAAUGGGAAGAUCAUUGUUGGGAAUGUGGAGCAUAUUGCAAAGUGAGGAAGAUAUUGUUUGCUGACCUUGCAUUAAGGGGUUGGGAAUGCGGAGACUAGAAGCAAGAGUGACACCUGGAUAACAGAAACCUACAUGUCUGUUUGGAAUUUUACAACUGCAUAGAAAUUUAACCCCUACUAUUGUGAGCCUGAUUGAUCCCUUGUCCCAGUUGUGGAAGGAUGAGUAGUUAAUACAAAGAUUGUUCAAUGCUCCAACUGCCAACUAGGUCUGCUGUCCAGACUGCUUGCUCUUGCAUUUCACAAAGCAGAUUUUCUACAAUGGGUUGUUAGGGAGGAACAGGAAGAGGCUGGAAAAUCUAAUGGCAAAAAUACUAAAAGUAUGGCAAACUCAUGUGCCACAUAAACUACAGCACUUCAGGUGGAGGUAUUGCAAAAACUUUGUGGCAGUCAAACACUCUUUCUUGAAGAGGAAUGUGGCUGUACAGAAGGUUUGCUCUUAUUGUGGUUGUGAGGAUGAAUACAUUGUGUAUUUGUUCUGCAUGUUGAAUAUGCUCGUAUUUUCUGGUUUGGCUGCCAUCUUUAACUCGACACAGCAGAUAAUUGGGGUGGAUUUGUUAGCAUGUUGACGAGGGAUUUGCAGUAGUUCUGAGCAACUAGAUUACUGGCAUCAGGGAAGGAGCUUUUUUUUUAAUCUGAUGCUUGAGGAAGUGCAGCGAGGAAGUGCAGCAUAAAUUGCAGUUUGCAGGCAGUGUCAUCUCUCCUCAUAAGGAUUUUAUCCAAAUGAUUGCAAGAAGCAACGGGAAAUGUCAUGAACCCACCACCAGUCUCUCAACUUUGACAAAUACCAGAAGAAGAUGGGUUUGAGAAGGUUAUUGUGAUGGGGCAUAGAUGGCUUCCUCUCCUAUUGGAGGUGUUAGAUGGAUUAGUUGUGAUACAAAUGAGGUGUUUCAAGGCAAGGAUUCAAGCAGGGCAGUUCCAGUGUGCUUCGAAUGUGAUGGCACGAAGGACUUCAAAGCUGCAUUGGGGCAUAACUCUCUUAUAGGUGGAGGAUCAUGGUCUUGGUGUCGAAAUCCAAAAUUAUGAUUGACCAUCUGAAUAAAUAUCCGAGGGAGAAGCUGCUGUCAAGACUUGAGGGCAUAAUUCAUGACUCUUUCUACUUGCAGGCAUCAGAUGUGUUCUGUUAGUCUCAUAUUCCAAGGGACUGUAAUAAGGUAACUACUGAUUACGGCAAUGAUCUUCAAUCACAACUUCAAGUUAGAUCUAACAAGUCGAUCAAAUUGUGAAUGUUACUGCUAAAACUGGAACCAGAAUUUGCAAAUUGCAGGGAUCAAGACUGGCCUAAAUUCAUUUAAAAUGGGUCGUUGAAAGCUUAAAAUUUGUUGAAGUAUUUUUGGUACUGAUUUGUCUUUAACUAGAAAAUUCAAG